AUGGUAGAAUAUUGUCCGGGCCUCCCAAUCAUAAUGGACGGUCGCUUUGCUCAGUACACUCUUAGUUCCGAACCACCAUCAUCUACUAUCAUGAUGCCCCCACCUCCUCCGGUUAAUGUUAAUUCUCCCCAAGUCGUCCAAAUCUCCUCCCUCACCGCCGUACUCGCCAGACUUGGCAUCACGAUACCGAUCGAGGAUGUCAUCAAGGCCGUUCAUGACGAGAACGAGGCCAAUCGUGCCAAGUUGACCGCCGAAGCGACAAAACGCCGCGCCGCGCUACGCAAGCUCGCUCUUGAGCCAAUCAAGGCAUCCCCCGGCCUCAAGAUCACGACGGUCUCCAAGUUCGUACCCAAGCCUACCCCUACCGAGCCCACCAAUGUCGAUCCGUUGGCGAAGGAACGCCGCCGUCGUCUCGUCGAACUCACGAAAGAGGCGUUUCCCGACGGAAAGGUUCCAGAUCCGUUCAGUUUAACAUGGUCGGUUUGA